AUGGGUCAGACGCAUAGCGUAGAAGAAGCCGAACGGACGGCGGCGUUUGUGGGGUCGCUUGCCCUGGCGGACUGCCCGGCACCCCCUGAGCUGGAAAACGUCCUGACCCUGAUGACUGGCAUUUUUGGCGCGCGCACGGCGGCGCUCGCCCUUUUUGAUGAGAAGCGGAUCUGGACAAAGAGCGAUCUGGGCGGGCAGGCCGUGGCCGCCGGCGCCGAGUUUGCCAGCCGCCCCUGUGUGCUGUCCGGCGCCGUGAGCUUCUACGCUGGCGCCCCCUUGGUCACCAAAGAGGGGCGGCUGCUGGGUGUCGUCUGCUGCGCCGACCCGGCGCCACGCGCCCUCGGCUGCACUGAGUCGCAGCUUGCCAUUCUGUCGAAAUUUGCAGACGUGGUGGCCCAAAAGCUGGAAAGCAGCGCGCGCCUGUCCACUGCGGUCGUGGACGCCGCUCUCUCAGCUGUUUCGCCCCCCGUGCGCGCCCUCAGCCUGGAUGGCAGCUUCCCCAGCGGCGGCAGCAGCUUCAGCUUGGGCAGCCGCGGCGGCGGCGGCGGCUGCGGCGGCGGCCGCGGCGCGGGGGCAGGCGCGGGCGUCACCGUCAGCAGCAAAAGCUUCAGCACUAUGACGAGCCGCGGCAGCUGGCUGGACGGCAGAUGCCACAGUGGGGCGUGCCACCCCCUGCCGCCGCUGCCCAACCGCCGUUCUGCUGCCGCGGCCGUCACGGAGCUCUUAGUCAGCAGCCGCAGCAGCAGCGGAGCGUUCGCGGGCGCCGCGGCCCUGGCGGGCGGCGGCGGGCGCGGCUCCGGGGCGCCGUCCGAGGCGGCCUGCGGCGCGUGCCCUGUGCCGGGCCUGAAAAUUGGGUCUCAGCUGUCGAGCGGCUCCUAUGGCAGGGUGUUCACUGGCAAGUACUUUGGCAGCAGGGUGGCCGUGAAGGUCCUGGAGGAGAGCGCUGUGCACAAGAGAGACGAGGCCACUGGGGCAUCCUUUGAGGCGGUGCUGUCGCGGGCCCUCAGCCACCCGCACAUCGUUUCGACGCUGACGUGGCGCUGCGUAACCGGGGAGGCUCGCCUGCCCAAGCCGGAGUGGGAGCUGGUUGGCGAGUCACUGCCUGCGUCCGAGAAGGUGUCAGGCAGCUGCAUCGCAAACCCCGCAUCCCAGGACGACGCCGCAGCAGGCCCCGCCAGCCUCGCCGACGCCGGCUGCAGCCGCAUCCGUGGCCGCAGCGGCGCCGGCAGCCCCGGCGUCAGUGGCAGCAUCGGGCGCGGCAGCUGCGCGGACGCCGCCUCUUCGGAUGCCGGUUCGCACAUGGACAUUUCGUUCGCGCUGGGCCUCGCCGCCGGCGGCCUGCGCGUCGGAUCGAGCUUCUCCCUGCGCUCAUCGCCUCUUGGGCGCCUGGACAGCGGCGUCCAUAUGUCGGGGCCCCUGGGGGGUGCAGCCAGCGCCAGCGGGAGCAGCCGGGGCUUCUGGUCGCGCGGCUGCGAAGGGCAGACGUGGAUAGUCCUGGAGUAUUGCGACAAGGGCUGCCUGCAGCUGCGGCUGCGGCUGCGGCUGCGGCUGCGGCUGCGGCUGCGGCUGCGGCUGCGGCUGCGGCUGACGGCCCCAUUGCACAAGCAGGCGUGCUGCUACACGAGGCGCGAUGCUAUUGACAAGGGCUGGCUGCGUAGCGGCCCUGAGUGCGGCGAGGGCGAGGCUGAGCUGCUUUCAGUCCUCACGACCGCCAGAGAGAUUGCUGCCGCCAUGUCGUACCUCCACGACCUGGACAUCGUCCACGGGGACCUCUCAUCGUUCAACGUGCUGCUCACCAGCGCAAGCACAGAGGCCGCGCGCGCGUCGCGCGGCUUCAGCGCCAAGGUGUCUGAUUUUGGUUUGGCGCGCUGCCUGGACCACAAGAGUCGCGUGGCGACACUCGCCCAUGGCACGAUUUCACACAUGGCGCCCGAAGUGCUGGAGCGGGGCGUGGUGUCCAAGGCAGCUGAUGUCUACUCGUUUGGGGUGCUGCUCUGGCAGAUGUUCGCCGGCCGCCGCGCGUGGGCGGGCCUGACUCACGCCGCCAUCGUCAAGACCGUCUGCGCCGAGGGCCGCCGCCUGGAGUUUGGCCCCGAGACGCACGAGGGUGUCGCCCUGCUGGCCCAGGCCUGCAUGGCGCGGGACCCCCAGGAGCGCCCCUCCUUCAGGGAGGUGCUGGAAGUCCUGGAGCCACUGGGGGCUGACCUCCACAGCGGGUCCUUUUUGGGUUUCAGCACGCGCGCCACCCGCAGCCGCGGCGGCGCCGGCGCCGGCGGCGGGUUGCCUUACGACCCGCGUCUGGUCGGAGAGGACGUCGGGGGCGGCAGCGAGGCGGACGAGUGA